AAUGGCGCAUGCUUCGUAAAGUCUUAUAAAAAAUAUUACCCACAAGCCUGUUCGUGCUUCUUCUUUAUCGCCGCCAUAGCAGCUUUUGAGGAAUAUUAUCAUUAAUUUGAAUAGAGGAUUUCUUGCGUGUAGUUGAAUACAGAAGACUCAGCGGUGCAUUAAAAUGUGUCGAGUAGUCCAAAUUUAAUGAGGAUUUUAGCCUGACAAACAAAGUGUUGUCAUAUCAUCAAGAUUUUGAUUCAAAAUGAGGCCUGUUGUGACAUAAUUUUUCUCAUCCCCAACUUAUCAGCUGACCCAAGUCGGGACCGUACAUAAACGAUUGUACAUUCCCAACAACUAUGGGAUCGAGAGGAAUACCAGGUGAUAAGAUUAACUUACGGCUGAUAUUAGUAAGUGGGAAAUCUAAAGAGUUCCUGUUUACACCCAAUGAAUCUGCAGCAGAUAUAACAGAAUUGGUAUACAACAACUGGCCAACAGAUUGGGAAGAUGAACCAUUACCACCAGCAAAUAUUCUGAGAUUAAUAUAUCAAGGAAGAUUUCUACAUGGCAAUGUCACGCUAGGAGCUUUACAGCUGCCGAUGGGCAAAACAACCGUGAUGCAUCUUGUGCCAAGAGAGAACUUACCAGAACCAAACAAUCAAGGGCAGUUAAAAAAGGACAAAAGUGGAGAGAGUAACUGUAGUAACUGCUGUGUUAUACUCUGAAGCGAUAUCAUUGGACAAACUCAUACAGCCAGUCAUGAUAGGACAUGGAUGUCCGCUGUUGUAAAUGAUGUCCCGUCAUUUAUUGUGUGGUCCAGAACAAUAUUGUCUCAUCGUACCAAAACAAAACCAAAAAAAAAAAAAAAAACAUUGUGUUCUAACAGGAUCUGAAAAACAAUACAAAAAAUGUUAAGUAACUGAUUGACCAAGGACAGGAAAUGUGAUGGUGGAUGAGGUUCUCAUUUUAACAUAGCUAGUCUGUGAUAAAAGUAAAACAAAGCAAAAUAGUUCUUGUACCCAGUGCAUGUAGAUAGUACUCCUGGACAUUUCUUCACCUCUAUCUAUCUCUUUGUCAAUCCUCAAAAAAUCAUCCGAAAUGUCCAGGAAUAUUCUCGUGAACGGAAGAUUAUCUUCUCUUCUCUAUGUACUGACUGUUUGAAAAACGUAAUGAAAAGAAAAUGUUUAGGUGGGAAGAUGAUUAUGUAUCGCUCACCUAGGACAAACAUUUAAAUCAUUCUGUAGUGUUUUCUCUGUCAAAUUUAUCAAAUUAUUAUAAAUAGUUUUUGUUCUACAUGGCGGAGCAGUGUGUUCCCAGCAGAUUGUGUUACUGGUAUAUUCAGCUUUUGCUUGUUAUUAUGUUGUUACAAAAAUAUACAUUGAUAUGUCACUUUAUGUAUUAACAAAGAGAAAUUUGUUCUAUUACUAUUAUGUACGUGUACUUAAAUGAUGUUUUUAUGUUAUAUUUUUAAUUCUUUCAUGAGAUAAAUACCAUCACAGAGGUUUUAUUGUUCGCAAAAGAAAUGUGUUAAAUUUAAAUUAUGUAUGAAAGAUUUUGAAUGAAAUUCUUAUGUAUAUGUUUCAAACUGUUGUCAUUGAGUUAUAUAGUGUAUGAUACUGCUAAGUUAACAUCAUUUGGAUGCAUCAUGAUAUGAUGGUCAAGAUUGUCUUUCUUCAGAUAAAUACAUUGUAUGUAUCUUCUGUAAACUUAUAUUAGCCGCGUCAUUAUAGUGUCACAUCCUGUACAUGUUAUUUUUGUUCAACUAGAAAGAUUAAUUUAAUUUAACAUAGAGGCUUUUUUUUUUUACACUUAAAAAAUCUAUCUCCAGUACUAUAACUAUUUCUGAUUAAACGAGAGAUUUCGAUCUAGGAUGUGAAAACACUGACCAGUUUGUUUCCUAAAUUAUAUCAUAAAGCGGCCAGACCUAAGUUUUGCUGAUCAUUGUUUAAUUAAUGUAAGUGGAUUUUAAAAUGUCACACAUUUUUUUUUUCCCCUUAUAACAGCAGUGUGUGACUAUUUCUUCCUUACAGCAGUGUGUGGCAACAGGUCUAACACAUUGGAGUGUAUGCAAUUUAUUUUCAUGAUUCCCGAGUCCCACCAUGUUAAAUUAAAAUAUUUCCAGAAAUUCUGUGAGCCCCAUCAAAAUUCUUUGAGUACAGAACUCGAGACUUGCAUGUAGAUUUAUCACUGAUUCCUACUGAUAAAAAUUUCAUAUAGCAGUUAUCUAGAAUUUCAGUGACAAGUAAGAGAUGCUAAGAUAUGGACGUUUACAGUUAGUUAUAACAGAACAACAUGCAUUAAUGUAGGAAAGCGUGGUUAGGAACAUUUUCAGAUGGAAAUAUAAGCUCUGUGAUAACCGAUUCAAAGCAUUUGGUGUAGAAGACUGCCGAAUUUUAGUGACAAUGUUAAACUGUUAUGUAGACAUUUGAGUGGGGCAAAAAAUUCCAAAUUAGUCAAUGGUGAAUAAGAUGAACAACUACACAAAAUAUAUAAAUAUUAUGUUCAGCAUUUAACUUUUUAUCAGUGUUAUUUAUUGUGAAACUAAAUCCCACUUUGUUUAAGAAAUUCCAGAAACUUUCUGGUAAAUAUUCUGAAAACAUAAUAGCUAUGUAUGUAAUUUGCUCAUAUUUAUUUCAACCACAAAAAACUUGCAAAUUACAGAGAUUUUUAUGGUAUUUAUAUUAUUAUUUGACAUGUAAUUUAAAAUCCAAAUCUUUGUUACUCCAUUGUGAGUCUUCCCACAGAGGAUAUUAUUUAUAUUGGGGGUCAUUUUAGAUAAUGUUAGUUAGAAUGAAGUGAACAUGCAAUUAGAUAACUUUCAACUUUCAGAAAAAUUCUUGCCAAAUAUUUCAGAACAAUUUUAUUCAGUCUUUCGGUUAUAUAAUCAUAGAAUGAUGGAAUUAAGUAUUUAUAUCAUAGAAUGAUGGAAUUAAGUAGUAACAUGUUUUCAAUAACAUGUAUUAUAUUAUUGAUAUUCACAGUUAUGGCAUAAUUAUCCAAGUUUUUUGUACCUGAACUGCUGUAUGUACAAUGGAUUUAUAUAGAGCCACUGUUUUGGUGCAGAUAUUGCCUGUUAGUCCUGAUUAUUAAUAAGAUAUAUAUUAAUUACUGAGUUAUUCCCAUUAGUGUUAACAGCAGAGCUACAGAUCAGUUUACACUCCGCUGAUCAGUCUCCAUCAACUAGUCUCCACUAGUACAGAGACACUGUUUACACACCAUCAUUGUGUAUCCUUGUCUAAACACCAUCAUUGUGUAUCCUUGUCUAAACACCAUCAUUGUGUGUCCUUGUCUCCCAUUACCGGAGGUCCAGGGCUAUAGAAAGGUUUUCUUUCCAUCCGACAGUCGGUGUAUAAGUCGGUUACUUACUGAUGACAGACCAAUAUUAAAAAAAGUUGAUAGAAUUGUCAGAAAAAUUCAGACUCAUUGAUAGCUUAAUUAUUGUUGAAAGACCAAUAUUAAAAAAUGUUGAUAGAAUUGUCAGAAAAAUUUAGACUCAUUGAUAGCAUGUCAUACUCAAUCUUGUUAUAUAUAGAAUGUUAUCUUCACAGAAAAAAGAUGUACAGCACUGCUCAUAUAUGCUUUACAAGGCCAGCAGGUUGGAUUGCUAUGUCACAUGGAUAACUUCCUCAGAUCAAUUUAGUCUGCACCAUUGUGUUAGGAUUUUGUGCAGGAAGUAAAUACUUGAAAAUAAAAAUUCUGAAAUAGCUGACUUAAGAUCAUCAGUGUUCUGUAGCUUUAGAUAGUAUCCAACUCCUACAACAGGAAAUUUUAGCCCACCUCACUUUUGUUUAAGAUAUCCAGUGACAGUUUGAUAUUUAUGUGGUUCACUCUGAAAUUAAGAGGCAUAUUUAUCACGGUCAAUAUUUAUUGAAAGAUAGAAAAAUGAAAAGAAAAAAACAAGGAAUAAAAUACAAGGAAGAAAACUAUUUAUUUAGGCUAAGAUGAGAAAGUUUACAAUUGUUACAAUUUUAAAUAGGUUAUAUAAUUAGAGGUUGAAACAGGAGACAUAAUAUCAUACAACUCGAACAAGUCUUGCAAUUAACAAAUAAAUACAUUUCCAUUAUAGAAAUAAAAACCUAAGUUAUUAUGAAAAAAGAUAAAGGUCUUAAUGUUAAAAAAAUUAAAUGUGCCCCUGCGAGUACAAACGGAAGAUGUAUUGCAUGGAUUAUUUUUAAAUUGUAACUCAUAUUAAGUGUUAUGUAAAAAUAAAUUUUGUCAUGUGAUUUUGUUUAUUUUGCCAAUUUUGUACAGUGUGUGUUGUACAAAAACUAGUAUUUUAUGUAUAUAAACAAAAGUUAUAAAUUAUUUGUGUUUCAUAUGAUGGUAACAUAUAUAUAUAUAUAAUUAUAAUUUGGCGAUCUCAGUACCGGUAGUUUGCAAAGACCAAAUUCAUGUGAUAUAUGGCAACAAAUUUUUGUUGUGGAAUGAGUUGUCAGCUGUUAAGUCCUGGUUUUCUGUUUGUCAACCUUUGUAUGCUAGUCUUGAGAAAUUUGUUUUGACUAGAACUCAAAGGUGGGGAAAUGGUGAUAAUUGUGUUUCCUUGCUUCUUGAAACAGGCAUCGUGCAUGUUUGAGUAUAGUCUUGUUAAUAAUAUUGGGAUAUUAUUAUUUAGAAGCAGCCUUUUAUGUGAUUUACAGAAGAGAUUACAUGCUGACAGUGCCCAAUAUUAAAUAUUGAUAUUUACAAUUUCUAAAGAGAAGGAGUGCUCUUUAAUUUGGGUGACUGAUAUUGACCCCAAAGUUCUGUCUAAAAUUCUAUGUUACGCAGGUCAUAAGUGCUUUUUGACAUACACAACAUGGUCUUAAAAAUUUAAUAUGCACCUUCAAAAUGUAGUUCUAUUUAAAGAGAAAAUGAAGUCCAUCAAUCCUAUUGUGAUAAUAUAGAAGUGCUAGGUAUUCUUUUACGGAAGAGCUCCAGUAAUACUAAGACAUGAUGAGAUUUACUGAAAUCUAAGGAUAGAAACUGAUGUUAUAUGGUGUGUACAAGGAGGUUUGAUUGAGGACAAAGGUGUGAGCGGUGAAAAUGGCUUGCCCUGUGUAUAUGAUUUUGACUUGUAAUCUCAUGAAUAAGUUCUUCAAGGUAAUGAAUGGAACUUUUGAGGAAUAAAGAAGAAUGACUUUGUCCCCUAAAACUGCAAUUAUUCAAAAAAAAAUAAAUGUAUGCACAUAUAUUGUCUGUCUUCAUGAAAUGAAUUAGGUAUUUAGAUUUUCAACUUUAAUGAUGCCUGUUAGGUACCCAUUGAUUCACUAAAUAGCACAGUGAAAAAAAUAUCCUGACCCCAUAGACCAUACGCAUGUUUUAUAAUCAAGAAUCUUAUUAUAACAUAGACUGUUGAGUUGGGAAUCCCAGUGCUACAAAGUAAAAGAAGUUCUACAAACAGAAGAACAGUAGCUUUGUGUUCAGACCCAUAUUGCCAAGCGAGAUACAUGUAUAGCUGAGAUUAACAUACAAGUUGUCUUUGCUUGAAAUGUAUUUUUAAAGUAACAUAAUUGAUAGUAUAAAACUGACAAUAGCAGGGCUGUACAUAUCUGCUGCAUUAUAUUUUUAGGAAAUAUUUUAAUUUGUAAAAGUAUGUGAGAGUAUCCUUGGCAUUUAUAUGUUCUCUGUUUUUGUGUGAAUAUCUACACACAAGACCAAAGUUUUAGAGUAGUAGCUUUAAAGACUUAGCCACACACAUUAUCACUUGUGAUUGCCACCGAUCCACCUAACUGCACGUAAAAUCAGUCAGACCCACAUAACUUACACACUUGAUGUAUUAUUUCUGAUAUGAUAUGAUUCUAUGUGUUCAUUUCACAAGAUCUCGCUGACACAAACUAUGAUUAUGAAGUAUUUCUAAUCUACUGCCCAGAUUUACUGGUAUAUGUUUUCAGUUAAUUGUUCCUCAAGCUCGGCUACAAUCAGUUCAUGUGAAACAAAAGUAGUCAAAAGUAGAAGUAUUGCUUUUACUGUUGCAUUGGAUCCUCAAGCGCUAAUGGCUAGGAUAGAAUCAAACUCUCUCAUCAAUUUUGUCUAGGUAUUUUUUUAAACACAAAAUAUUUCCAACUAUGUUCUUGUAACUUGUGAGUACUGUUCAGUGCUUUUAAGAAGUAUUUAUUCCAUGUAUAGUUUAUGGUUGUAUGAUUUUUGAAGAAGAAAAAUAUUGUAGUGAAAUGUUAAAUAGUUCUUGUAAAUUUGGUGUAAAAUGGUGUCUCCUUGGCAUAAUUGCUCUUCUACAAUGUCAUUGUUCAGAUCUAGGUCUCUUAGAUGAACAUUAGAUUAUUCACGCUGGUCCACCAUGUCACAGGCAUAUUACAGUCAAUCUUACCUAGCCAAGGGUUCAUACUUUAGUAUUCACCCUCAGCAGAUUUAGCCUUGUUUAAGCUUUAAAAUUAGAGUUCGCUGGCUUUCUAAGACCUCAAAUGAAAUUGCAUCUUAACUGGCAGGUUGACAGUGAAGAAUAAACAUGGGGACAGAUUUCCAAUCUACAGUCCAUAUAUUACCGUUCAGCAAACAUGAGUUAAUGUUAGGAUCUGGUACCUAUAUUGGACUGUCAUUAUUACUUACUUGACACCAUACAUAAUAUAAUACAUAUAUGUGGACCUUGGAUAGGAAAUUGUUGCAGUCCCAGUGAUUGUAAAUAGUGAUUGCGGUGUUCUGAACCGAGUUAUCUUGUCGACUUUGUCAUGUUUCUGUCAAAAAGAAAAAGAAAAACAAAGGGCACUAUUUAGGGAAACAUUUUCUGUAUUUGGUCAGUUAAUGGAGAUAAAUGAUUAUAUUAUGAAUGUAAAUGACGACCAUGCAUUGGUGACCAGUGCUGGAACAAUCAUAAAAGUUUUUUUUUUGUUUUUGCAAGUAAAGAGUGAUAACUCACUAGGUGGCAGUGCAGGGAAAUUAAAUGACAAGGCUAAAUCUGCCAAGGGGAGUAUGAGAUUUUGAACCCUUGGCGAGCGAAGAUGAUUACAGCGAGGAAAGGAUGUGCGAUGUGUGAAUGUUUUUAUGGCAUGAAAUGCUGUGUUGUAAUAUGCCACUGGAUAUUUGAUUUAGUUGUAGGCUAAGUUAAAUUCUAGUCAAAGUUAUAGAUUAGGAAAUUAAGCGACACACUGUUCAAAAUCACAAGUUGGCCAUUAAGUAGUUACUACAUGUGUUGUAUGUCUCGCCAAAAAUACAUUGACUUCUCCUGUAGAUGCUCAACACACUGAUCAUAUAAAAUGUCUUCAUUUCGGUUUGUUUUUUUGAAAACCACUGAAGAAGUAUCAGUGCUAAGUGUGUGAAAAAUAACAUAUAGAUUUUAUUAUGAUAAUUAAAAUCAAAAUUUUGUGUAAUAAAGGUAUCUGUAAGCUGGUCUGUUAUUUACUGAAUAAUGUUUCAGAUAUCUAAAAUAUUAAAAAUUUCAUUUAACAUCUGCCACAAAAACUCCAGACUAUCAUUACAACACUAUGUAUGGCAUACUGUGCGAUUGGUUAGGACAGAGAGAUAUCUCAAGUGCAAGAUUAUAGGGACACCCAUCUUGUGUGAUUUGGUUUGUAUGUGGUCAGACUUGACAGAAUGUGUCUGUAUGUGAUAAGUAUUUGUAAAGGCCUUUUUUAAGAUUAUUAAUUCAUGAAUUAUAAUUAUGGUAAUUGAGUGUGCAAUUAUACCAAUUUUUAGAAUUGCAUGACUUUUUUCUGACCUUUUUUUACAAAAAAAAGUUAUAUGAGUAGUUUAGUGUAAGCUACAUUCAAAAUUUGCAAUAUUUAUUUCAUUCCUGCCUCUACGGGCUGCCAUAUAUUGUAUCUAAUUAUCUCCCUUUAUAAGUUUUUUCUUCAGUCCUGUGAAUGAAGUAAAAGUAUUGUCUACAAGUCAUGUUCAUUUUACAGAGACACUGAUUUGUCUUUGGUACAGUUAUUCAUGUGUAUAUAUUGCUCAUACUACAGAGGGUUGGACAACAGGACAGACAUUGUAUCCUGUCUGUCCAGAUGUCCCCCACUCAGGUCAUACAUCAUUUGUAAUGUCAGAAUUAAACACAAUUUGUGGUAAUUAAAUAUGAAUAAAAUUCGGAGAUAAA